CACACGUGUCCUCGUGCUGUGAACGCGCCUCAGUCUCGCGCUCCUCAGGGUGGUAACAUUGGAUAUAUAUAGUAUUUUAUGAAUAAGAACAGCAGCAGUGACAUGCUGUAUGUUCAGUUAAUGUAAACAUGGCUGCCGAUGUGGACACGGUCGCACGUGCACUCGAACUCUUGGUGAAUUUAGGUCAAGUUCUUCUCCAGGAAGCUCAGCAGGACGCAGCAGCUUCACUGGAGACUUUUGUCCCCAGAAAGAUCAGCACAUUGUUCGGCCUGAUCACCGCUGGAUUAGACUUCUACAGAAGCCUCGGAGUGAAGAAGAGGAGUGAAGCCGAGGCCGUUUGGCAGAAGUUUUAUCACCAUGCAGCAGUGAGGGAGCAGGUGGACGAGCUGCUGCAGCUGGAGAGCGAGUGGGACUCCUUCCUGCAGGGCGUGGACAGAGAUCUGCACACGACCGACCGGCAGCUCUCAGGAGUGAAGAGCCCCGACAGUCUGAGCCCCGACGUUACGAUCACUGACGCCCGGAGCGGAAAGAGCGUAACUCUGGGCGAGUACCAGGGUCAGAAGCUGCUGCUGGUUCUGAUCAGACAUUUCGGAUGACAGCCGUGACGAGACCACGUGGCUGAGCUGGAGGCCCGCCAGGCUGACCUGGAGGCUCGCUCACUACGGGUCCUGGUGGUUUCCUUCGGCGUCUCGGAGGGAGCUCAGCUGUGGCUCCAGCAGACCGGAUGUCACUUUGACAUGAUGCUGGAUCCAGAGAGAGAGAUCUACAGGAGUUUCGGCCUCGGCUCGUCCUACGCCAAGGUGAUGAAGUUCGGCUACCUGCUGCAGGUCUCAGAGUACAGAGCUGUGGACAUAGACAUGCCCGACAUCCCCCCCCGCCUGCUGGAGGACCUCUACCAGAUGGGAGGAGACUUUUUACUGGAUGAAGCAGGACACGUGCUUCUUUCUCACCCGUCUAAAAACCCCAUGGACAGGCCGACGGUGACGGACAUCCUGCAGGUGGCGGACGGUGCCGAGGGCUCGGCCGUCUCUGCGUUGAACCGUCAGUACGUGGCCUUAAAGCUGUGAGACACGCGUGUGAACGUGUGACGACACAGAACCGGGGGUUAAAACACGUCACUGACACCACAGAGUGAGAGCAGCUCUUCGUCUCACGUGAAUGACGUCACGUCUCGCUCUCAUGACGCCAUGAAGAGGCGUGACCGAUGAAAACCCCGUACGACAAAGACGUCUGAUCUCCUCUGUGGUGUCGGUGCUGUGAACAUUUUUAGAUUGAGUAGAACGACUUGAUUCCAAUUGAACAUUGUCCCUGAUUUAUAUCUAAAUUUUAAUUUGAUAGUUAUAAACGAUACUGAUGAAGCAAAUCUGUGUUUUACCUCCUUUUUGCCCUUUUUAACUAAUCAGAAAAUGAAGCUGUAAAACAUGUCAACCUGUAGAAAAAAUUUAUUAAACAUUUACAUUCAGACGUU